GCGAAACGAGGCUGCGCUAACAAAAUGGCGAUGUCCACAAAGAAACUGUGUGCCGAUUUUUUCUGCGGCUUUCUCGUAGUUUCGUCUUUUUGUUUAAUUCUCUCGACUUUUGCUGACGAUGAAAUUAUAGAAUAUGAAUUUGUUACAUGUGGAUCAGUAAUUAAAUUAAAAAAUAGUAAAUACAAUGUCCGUUUGCAUUCACAUGAUGUGAAAUAUGGAUCUGGAAGUGGACAACAGUCUGUGACUGGAAUGGAAAAAGCUGGGGAUGGAAAUAGCUAUUGGCAAAUAAAAGGAAAAACUCAAAAAUCGUGUCAAAGGGGUACACCAAUCAAGUGUGGUCAGUCUAUACGUUUAUUACAUCUUAAUACAAAAAGGAAUUUACAUAGUCACAUGUUCGAAUCACCGCUAUCUAAUAAUCAGGAAGUCAGUGCAUUUGGGGAAGAGGGUGAAGGAGAUGAAGGUGAUAACUGGGCAAUCACAUGUUCAUCAACUUUAUGGAGAAGAGAUCAACCUGUGAGACUCAAGCAUGUUGCCACUGAAGCAUAUCUGGCAGCAGUUGAUCAAGUUUAUGGAAGACCCAUUCGUGGUCAGCGUGAAAUUGCUGCAAUAAGCAAUCCCAGUCAGGCUACACAAUGGACUGUUAUGGAAGGAAUUUACGUAAAACCGGAUGAAGAAUAAAAGAAAUGCAAUAUAAAUAAUUUUUUUUAAUGGAUUUAUUUUUGGGGUGAUUUUGAAAUACUUAUUUAAUUGUACUUCAAUUGUUAGACAAAUUCAGUAAUUGUAAACUUUUAUUUGUCUAACAACUUAUUUGAAAUAUUUGAUAUAGGAAAUCAAAGUACCGGUACCCACAAUUUUGACCAAAACUCCCUAAUUCUCAACAGUCGCGGUACAAAUUUGUUAAAUCAUGGUCACAGCAAAUAUUAACCACUCAAACUCGUGGUUCAUAUUCCACAUGGUACUUCACUUGAUAGAUCUGUUAUUUAUUAUUAGCCUUCAAACACCAAGUCUUCUAGUUCGUGAGUGUGUUAGUGAGAUGACUUGCUUAGGAUUUGGAUUACUGUGGAAUACUUUAUUUUUGUUGGAAUUAAUUUUCGCUGAAAAGGCUUUUUAGGCGUUUUGUAUGGAAUUUAUUUUCACUGAUUUUUGAUCAGUUUAAUGUGAAAUAUAGGAAAAAAGGUAUAUUCCCUGGAUUUUAUUUUCACGGAAUUAUCCCUCCAGCAAAAAUAGCGAAAUAAAAUUCCAAGCGAAAAUAAAGUAGUCUCCAGUAUUGCUUUCAGACAAAAUUGGAACACCUCUAUCUGUUUCCUUGCCAUCAACAGAACGAGACGUGUUGUGGAAGAUAUCAUUUUUUUGAAAUGUAAACCACUACAGCCUUUUGAAAAUACGUAUUUGUAUUUUCAUAUUUGUCAUAUUUGUGUUUUUCUUAUACAAUAAAGAAACAGUUGUUCUACGACUGUAUGAAAGGUGUCCCCAGUCUUUAUUUUAUGAGACUACAUGGCACGUGUAUGUAACAAUGCAUAAGUGGAGUACAAUUAUUUAUGUAUUGAAUUACACGAAGACCAAGGUUAGGUUGAAUAUCUGAAGAUGCACAACAAGAGUGCAUUAUCCGAUAUACAAUUUCUGGUAGAGCAAAGGACCAGAUGUUGGCUUUUGAGCUUGGAGUUCAAACACAAACAGGAGUGUUGGUUCUAUUACCAGUACUAUAAUUCUAAUUUAGCAUUUUCUAUAAAGAAUGUGAUUGUGUCUUCAUAUUUUUUUUUGGAAAUCAUACAUGUGGUGUUGUCGUAUAUUAUUAACACAUUACAGAUGCACUUAAGUAGUUUUUCAUGAGUAAUGAAUUAAAAUCUACUUUGAUAAAUAUUUAUUUUGUUAUGGUGUUAUUUAACCAAAUAAAGCUAGCUAUUGAUGAUGCCUGCUGAAAAUACUACAACAAAA